ACCACCUCAAGGAAGUAAAAUAUGUGUGGAGAGAAGCAGAGCACCAUUGAAACAGAGAAAGAGAGACAGAGCUAGAGAUCUCUCGGAGAACAAAGAGGAGAUGUCGGACUGGGGGCCAGUGUUCAUAGCGGCGGUGCUCUUCAUUCUUCUCUCACCAGGACUCCUAUUCCAGAUCCCAGGGAAAAACAGAAUAGUGGAGUUUGGCAACUUCCAGACCAGUGGAAUCUCUAUUCUAGUCCAUGCCAUCAUCUUCUUCGCUCUUGUUGCCAUCUUCCUCCUCGCCAUCGGCAUCCACAUCUUCAAUUUAUAUCUAAGAAAGAUGGCGGACUGGGCGCCGGUGGUGGUGGGGGUGGUGCUGUUCGUGCUGCUGUCGCCGGGGUUGCUGUUCGAGCUCCCUGGGACACACCGGGCGGUGGAUUUCGGGGGCUUCCGGACCAACGGGAAGGCCGUCGCCAUCCACACUCUCAUCUUCUUCGCCGUCUUCACCAUCCUCAUCCUCGCCCUCCACCUCCACAUCUACACCGGCUAAUCUAGCUACUUAGGCUUAGGUAAUUUCUCACUUAUAAUUUAAUUUUAGCUUUCCAUGGCUUGUGAGCACUGCUGCUGAUGCUGCUGCUGAUGCUGCUGCUGCUGUUGUUGUGAUGAAUGAAAAGAAGAACAGUCUAAUUUUCUCCUUGUCCUCUUUCUUUUGAUCCAUCUCUGCAAGGGCAAGGGAGUUUCUUUGUGUCUGUUUAUGAUGCUCCGCCGGAACAUGGAAACAGAGGCAUGUCACUUGGAUGGAUGUAUGUUGGGCUGCUUUCCAUCAAUUAUUCCAUGAGUCCUACUGUGAUCAUUAGUCAUUACUCAUGGUGGGCCAUGCACCAAAUAUAGCUGGGGUAGGGUAGUCUGGUCUGGCUUGGUUUGUAUCUUUGGCCAUUAGGUUCAUGCCAACUAGCUUAUGUCAUAUCCAGGACUUGUUUGAUCCAGACGAUUUUUUUUUUCUUACUAAAGUAAUCUUUUAAAAAUUUGUUGCUUAAAUAUAUGAUAUAUGAAAAAAUAGUUUUUA